AUGCUUAACUUAUGUCUGCACCACAAAGAUUUCGGACUUCAUGCUCAAUGGCUCUUUUAUUCUACGUCACAUGGAAAAGGACCGUGUGAUGGCCUAGGAAGUUGUGUGAAGGCGGCUGCUUAUAAGCACAUCAUGAGAGGUGAUGGUCCUGAAAAUGCACUUUUAACUCCAGUUGAAUUCUAUGAAUUCAGCAAGAAAAAGUUUUCAAAACAAUCCCAAACAACAGCUGCUUCACCAGUUUUAUCAGCAUCCAUCGAAAUAGAGUAUGCUAGUGCCCAAGGCAUAGAAAAAACUUUCGAAUCAAGCUUAAAACAUCGUUGGAACCAGUUACCAGACGUUAAAAGUCCAAUUCAAGGAAUUAGAGAAUUUCACCAUUUUUUGCCAAUGGAUGAGAAUACAAUUUCGUGCAAACUGGUCUCAUCAGCAACAGAUUUUCAAGAGUUUAAGAUGAUCGAAACAGUGAAAAUUAGUAAGACCAAAACAAAACGUCCAAACAAGUGA